AUGAACGGUAGCCCAUACCACGAUGAUUACAUGUCUCAGCCCCAAGAGCUCGAACUAUGGGAACAAGAUUCACAAUACGCCCCUACCCCGGGAAACUUCCGCAGCCCUUAUGCUACAUAUCCUUCACCGUCUAUCUCGCUCGAAGAUGAGCCCAACACCAGAGGCCGACCUCAACCAAAUACUAUACCUCUGCUCCAGGAAUCUGAGUGGGAUGCGGAUAAGAUCUACGACGAGUAUCCACCAAGCUGUAUCCACUACUUUAUAGAAUGGCGUGUUACCCUCAAUAAUAAGGCCGUGGUAAGGGACACAGAAGAAGACCUGGUAUUGGCCCCGAGCGCCUACUGGCAGUUGUUCCUGGAAAAGAAGUUAUAA